AUGAACUCCAUCGAGGUCAAGAGCGUUCAUUCGGAAGCUUCUUCUUCCACCAGCCACGUUGAGCUGAUUGCGGCCCCUGUCCAGCCUGGUACUACAGAGACGCCUCCCCCCGAGACGCCUCCCCCCGAAGCUCCUCUUCCUGAGGAACCUCCCUUCGGGCCUGUAGGAGACUUUACAAUGAGUUCGAACAACUCUACUCCAACAGGUACAUACGUCCAAGCCAGAGAUGGGGGAACCUUUCUCCAAAGAGAAUGGCAAACCAUCUUCCGCGUCGGAAUAGUCCUUCUCUCCAUCGCAUCCGGCUGUCUAGGGGGCUUCCUCCGCCACGACGCGAACCUAGGCCUGGGGAUAGGCGCCGGCGUGCUCGCCGGCUUGCUCGUCCUCUUCGAGGUUCUGAAGCACAAACUUCGUCGUGCGCGACAGAGACUGCUUAAUCAGUCUUGGUGGCCUACUUCUAACUGUUAA